AUAAUUUAUCAAAUGAAUUUGGUAAUUCUGCUAAUGUCACUAGUGAAAUUUUCUCAACAACGAUAUGAUUUGGUUAGAAUAUUAACAUUUAAAUUCACAAAACCAUGUGGACGGUUAUUUUAACAUUCUUUAUAUCAAAGACAUCAUGGAUUUUCCUGUUUGUUGUAUUGUAUAUCGCCACUUUUAUUGUAAUCUUAAAUAAUGAUGACAAGGAGAGACUAAAGAAACGUAUUUUGGACGAAGGAAAAAAUGCCGAGAUUAUUACGUUCAAUAAAAAUCAAGAAAAUAUGGACAUAAAACUACAAACACUUACGGAAAGACUUACAGAAAAGGAGCGUAUGCUAAAACAGUCGCAGUAUAAAAUAAAAAGUGUAGAAAAAGCAUUGAAUGAUAUAGAAAAUAAAACUUCGACUUGUCGAAGUCGUUACAAAUCUUUAAUGAGCGAUCUGAAAUUAGAUGUCCAUAAAACUGAAGAAGAGGUGAAAUCUUUACAAAGCCAGGUUUCAAAUUUGUCUCUUCGACGAGAAGAAUUAAAGAAGGAGGUUGUAAAGCAACAAGAGGAAUAUGAAAAGAUGCUUAUCCAGUUUACCAAAGAUCUAGAAAACAAAGGAACAGGAUGCGGUACGUUGAUAUUGAAAUUAUUUUGGAUUUAUUAUUAUUAUUUUUUUUUCUUUCAUAUAGUUUCCGGGUGUGAGAAAUCCAGAUUUUCUCUUUACAAAGCUUCUGUUGGUUUUCGAUUACGGUCUAUGUAGGGAAAUAUUUCCAAAUAAAAUACUAUUUGUUUUUAACUUUAA